AUGGGGCAUGCAGCUGAAACGAUUUCAGCUGUUCCGGGACGACGUCCGGGAUCUGGUCAACCUCACGGUCGACAGAAUGGACGUCUACCACCUCAUCGGAGCCCUCUUCAUGAAGUUCUGCAUCAUUGUAUUCUGCAAGGGCCGGAUCCAGGCGUCCGCCCCGCCCUUCGUGCUGCACCUUUUCCAACUAUCCAAUGCAUGUGCCUUCCUGUACUUGCUGCUGGCCGUCUGGCUCAGCAUGCACGCUUCGAUUGCAUCUCACAGCUUCGGUGUGAAGAUGCUCACGCGCUUCGUGCGUUUGCCGAUUCCCACGCAGAACCAGAUCUUAACCCUCAAGGCAAACUUGGUCGACUUCGAGCAGCAGGGCGUGGCCAACAUGUUGCGUCUUCCCUUCCAAGACCACAAGGAAAGUGCAGAAGAAAAGAGCAAACAUUGGCACAG